GCCGAAAAACACCCACUUUUGUUUCCACAAAACAAAAAACUAUAUAAACAAAACAAACCGAUUCUAGGGUUUGUUUUCUCAACACAAACCACACUCCCAAAACCCUAGUUUCCCACACUUCACAUUGACGAUCGAGCCUGUCGUCGUUCUUCUUCUCUGUGAUUCGGAGGUCAGUUCUCGCAGAUCUCUCUGAAAAUAGCAAUUAAUCUCUCCGUUCAGUUCAAUUCGUGGAAAAAGAUUUGAACUUUUGUUUUUUCCGAGAUUCUAUGGGCGAGAAAGUGUGAGAAAAUAGGGGCAAAUCGUUUUGAACUAUGGAGGAUCUCGAAAAGGCGAUUCUGAUAAGCUUUGAUGAAUCCGGGAGAGUUGAAUCGGCGCUGAAACUGCAAGCAGUGGGGUUUAUUGAUAAGAUAAAGGAGUCGCCUUUGAUAUGUAGUAUAUGCGUUGAGCGCUUGUGUUUUUCGAAGCUCGUUCAGGUGCAGUUCUGGUGCUUGCAGUGUUUACAUGAUGUGAUUCGUGUGCGCUAUUCUUCGAUGAGUUUGGACGAGAAGGGUUUUGUGAGGAAAUCCGUGUUUUCCAUGGCGUGUUUCGAGCGUUUAGAGGGUGUGGAUGAUGAGAGCUCUGUUAGGGUUUUAGAAGGUCCACCAUUCAUAAAGAAUAAGCUUGCUCAAGUUUUAGUAACUUUGAUUUAUUUUGAAUAUCCAUUGAUUUGGUCUUCGGUUUUUGUUGAUUAUCUUCCUCAUUUGGGUAAAGGCGCCCCAGUGAUCGACAUGUUUUGUCGGAUUUUGAAUGCCUUAGACGAUGAAUUGAUUAGUUUGGACUACACUCGAACUCAGGAUGAACUUGUGGUUGCAACGCGGGUAAAGGAUGCCAUGAGGCAACAAUGUGUGGCUCAGAUAGUGAGAGCUUGGUACAACAUUGUAUCCUUGUACAGAAAUUCUGAUCCGGAUCUCUGUUCUAGUGUGUUGGACUCAAUGAGAAGAUAUAUUUCUUGGAUUGAUAUUGGAUUAAUUGUGAAUGAUGCCUUUAUCCCAUUAUUGUUUGAGUUGAUUUUGGUCAAGGGAUUACCGGAACAACUUCGAGGUUCUGCUGCUGGGUGUGUUUUGGCGGUAGUCUCUAAGCGGAUGGAUCUGCAAGCCAAGCUCUCACUUUUGCAGAACCUUAAGAUUAGUCGGGUUUUUGGGUUGGUGGCCGAGGAUAGUGAUUCUGAAUUGGCUUCAAAAAUAGCCACAUUACUCACUGGGUAUGCCACAGAACUUCUAGAAUGUUCCAAGAAGUUGAAUUCUGAGGAUCUUAAGCAGACCUCAAUGGAGCUUUUGGAUGAGGUUUUACCAUCAGUUUUUUUUGUAACACAGAACUGUGAGGUUGACAAUGCAUUCAGUAUCGUUCAGUUUCUUUUGGGUUUUGUGGCCACUAUGAAGAGCCUUUCACCUCUGACGGAGAAACAGCUGCUUCAUGUGGGCCAGAUAUUGGAAGUAAUACGCACACAGAUUUGCUAUGAUCCUAUUUAUCGUAAUAAUCUUGAUGUGUUGGAUAAAAUUGGGAGAGAAGAGGAAGGUAGGAUGGUGGAGUUUCGGAAGGAUUUCUUUGUGUUACUCCGUAGUGUUGGUCGUGUGGCACCGGAUGUCACACAGAUGUUCAUCAGAAAUUCAUUAGGGAAUGCUGUUGCAUCUUCAUCUGAUAGAAAUGUAGAAGAGGUAGAAGCUGCACUUUCCCUUUUCUAUGCUUUUGGAGAAUCAAUAAAUGAUGAGGUGAUGAGAGUUGGAAAUGGACCCCUGGGGCAAUUGGUGCUGAUGCUUUUAUCAACAACCUUUGCUUGCCAUUCCAAUAGGCUAGUUGCACUUGUGUAUUUGGAGACAGUAACAAGAUAUAUGAAGUUUGUUCAGGUGAACGACCAAUAUCUACAUUUGGUUCUUGCUGCCUUUCUUGAUGAAAGAGGUAUACACCAUCCAAACAUCAAUGUGAGUCGAAGGGCAAGUUAUCUUUUUAUGAGGGUUGUGAAAUCACUGAAAGCAAAGCUUGUCCCUUUCAUAGAAAAUAUUUUGCAGAAUCUGCAGGAUACAGUUGCUCAAUUUACAAGAAUGAACAGCAUGUCAAAAGAGCUUUCUGGAUCCGAGGACGGUAGUCACAUUUUUGAGGCUAUUGGCUUAUUAAUUGGAAUGGAAGAUGUACCACCAGAGAAGCAAUCCGAGUACCUAUCUUCAUUGCUAACUCCUCUUUGUCAACAGGUUAAGGUUGAGGUAUUGCUCAUAAAUGCCGAAGUACAGAAUGGAGAGGACCCUGUUGCAAAAAUUGCAAACAUCCAGCAAAUAAUCAUGGCAAUUAAUGCUUUAAGCAAGGGCUUCAGUGAGCGUCUUGUAACUGCUAGUCGCCCUGCUAUUGGUCUCAUGUUUAAGCAGACAUUGGAUGUCCUUCUCCAAAUUCUUGUUGUAUUUCCAAAAAUAGAGCCUCUGCGGACUAAGGUUACAUCAUUUAUUCACCGAAUGGUGGACACAUUAGGAGCAUCUGUAUUUCCUUACCUCCCUAAGGCAUUGGAACAAUUGCUUGCAGAAAGUGAGCCAAGAGAGUUGGUGGGUUUCCUUGUAUUAAUCAAUCAGCUCAUAUGCAAAUUCAACACCUUGGUCCGUGACAUAUUGGAGGAAAUAUAUCCUGCUGUUGCUGGCAGGAUAUUUAAUAUUCUCCCAAGGGAUCCAUUUCCAUCAGGACCUGGGAGCAGUACUGAGGAAAUCCGUGAGUUGCAAGAACUUCAGCGGACAUUGUACACAUUUCUCCAUGUGAUAGCGACACAUGAUCUGUCUUCAGUUUUCCUUUCCCCAAGAAGCAGGGGCUACUUGGAUCCAAUGAUGCAGUUGCUAUUGCGCACCGCUUGUGGUCACAAGGAUACUCUUGUAAGAAAGGCCUGCGUACAGAUCUUUAUUAGGCUAAUUAAAGAUUGGUGCACUAGAUCUUAUGGUGAAGAAAUGGUACCUGGUUUCCAGAGUUUCAUAAUUGAGGUCUUUGCAACAAACUGUUGUUUGUACAGUGUGCUUGACAGAUCCUUCGAGUUUCGUGAUGCAAAUACUCUUGUUUUGUUUGGAGAAAUAGUACUGGCUCAGAAGAUUAUGUAUGAGAAAUUUGGUAACGAGUUUCUCAUUCAUUUUGUUUCGAAAGGUUUCCCUGCUGCACAUUGCCCUCAAGAUUUGGCUGAGGAAUAUUGUCAAAAAUUGCAGGGUAGUGAUAUAAAGGCUUUGAAAUCUUUCUACCAGUCACUCAUUGAAAGUUUGAGACACCAACAGAAUGGAAGCCUUGUUUUCAGAUAGCAUUUUCCUGAUAUGCAAAUCUGAUUAUGCUGCUAAAUGCUUCUUGUUCUAUCCUAUUGUCCUCAGUUGUUGGACUUCAUUUUUGUUGUCAAAGGGUUCUUUUCUUUCUGUAUAUAACAUUUGUGUGGCUACCCCCUGAAUAGUGAGGUGUAAAUUUCCGGAAUCAGUUUCUUUGAAUAUAAAAAAGUUGGCGAUAUCCAUUGGUUUCAAGGUGCUGAGAUUUAGUUCAAGUUUCCAGUACGAGUGGUUGUCUAUAUAACCUUAUUGCCCCCCAAAGUUUUGUGCUUCUUGUCUCAUCAUUUUGUUUCAUCUCUCUAAAUUCAAACAAUUUUCUAGCCUUCUAAACGAGUGGUGGAUUAUUGUUCAUGUGGUCUGUACGUGGAGAGGCGGGGUACGGUUUAUUCUUUUUUAUUGUGCCAAAAAAGGGGAAAUCAAUGAGCCACUGUUUGCCAAAUCACCUGUAAGAAAAAGUUUGGGCAUUGGAUUUUCCCAUAGAAAUGAGUUCUCCUUUUACAUGGCAUUCAAAGUGAAGAUUUCAGUUUUUGCAUAUCAAUGAUCCAUAUCACAUGUAAUUCUUUCAAGCAUGCCUCCUUUUCUCCCCAGUUUCUUCUUUGGUUUAGGUCAAGUUACACCUGAUUAUCACACCGACUUACGCUUUCAAAAUAUUGCUAUGGAAGAAGUAACUUUUAGCCCUAAGCAUCUCAGAUUCCUUGAAAAUAUUCUCCAUUAUAGUUGAUACACCCUCCCCUUCAUUGGAUUUCCUUAGAAUUCAAUGACGACCCAUGUUAUAUUUUCCUUCACAGACACAAAAUUAAACACCAAAUUGAGUUGUUGGGUCUCUUUCAUACUGCAUUAUAGAAUAAAAUAGCUGACCAGAGCUUUUCUUUUUCAUUGUUUUUUGAUCUGGGGAUGAAGUCCUAAGUCCUUUGUUCUAAGUCCUAAGUCUUAAGUCCUAUGUUCUAAGUCCAUAAAGCAUGAUGAGAACUUUGUAACUUUCCUUGCCCACUAAGCUUUGAAAGUGUAAUAGAUGGAAAUGAGUGAUUGGUUA